UCUGCAGAGCCAGUACCGAGAGCUGACUGGAGAGUCCCUUCCACACAUGCCGCUCGGACAUGGAACUGUGAGCAGCCUGCUGGACACACUGCCCUCUGUGGUCAGGGCAGAGCGCACCGACACAGGAGAGUAAAUCAAGAAAUGGAGCUGAUAUGGAGAUAUGGAGGUGAUGUCAUACUCCCUUUUUGCAGUCUAUGCUGCUAAUGACUAGGACAUGAUUAAGACUACAGUCAUAGAUAUUUUUUUAUAGUGACAGAUCAAAGUUGCAUUAGUCACUCAUGGUAGCAUGACUGUAGACACACAGUAGACCAGACAUUACAUCACAACAAGAUAAAUAAGAGAAGGUCAGCUUCAGAUCAGGUCAGAGGACAAACUAUAGUAUGUUUUGGCACCAUUCACUGACAUACAUGUGGAUUUCCUAUUUGCAAAUAAUGUUGACUAUGACCCUUCAUCUCAUCAUACAAUAUUGACCUUUCAAAAGAUAACAGCAGUCCUGCAACAACAGUCUGCACUCUUGAAUGGAAGCAAAUGGACAGUGUCAAAAUGAAGUGGAUUAUUGGAUUAUUACAACAUGAAAAGUCUUGGUAAAUGGAAAUAACUCAGGCACAUGUGCUGUACUUUCCCUCUGGAACGGGGCAGAAGGGGGGCAUGGCUAAGGUGGUGGCCCGUCAGCGCAGCUCCAGGAGGACGGGCCGGGCUCACCUGGUCAACACCCACAUGAGAGUCAAGCCCGCCGCUCUCCUGGCACUCAACGCCAAACCCCAGACGUCCCUUCGACAGCCUGGUCAUCGCGGAGGAAGAGGAGGAGGAGGAAGAGGAGGAGGAAGAGGAGGAGGGAGAGGGGGAGGAGGAGGGAGAGGGGGAGGAAGAGGAGGCAGAGCGGGUCAGGGAGACUUCAGAGUGGCCCACACUGGAGAGCUGAGAGAUGGACCUCCAGACGGCAGGCCAGCCCACCAACACACAGCCCACAAGAGAACACACGCGCCUGGGGACAAGUCAGAUAAAAGGAUGACUUUGCCCUCGCGCUUUCACAAAGAAGUGCACACUCACCUCUCUAAGAACACUCCACACACUGGCUCAGACAGAGGACGGCCCUACAGCCCUACACUGGUCCAGAGCCGGCUCAGGGACAUCCUGGCCAAGUACAGCAAUGGAUUCUGGGUGUCUAAGCUGCCCCAGAUCUACAGAGAGUUGUACAAAGAGGACCUGCCCUCUACAGCCCUGAAGGAGCUGGAGACAUGGAGCCACAUCUGCACUGUGGAGAAAACCUGUAGCAGCAAUCCCACAGAGCUGCUCCUGUACCCAGCCGAGGAGCAGAGGACCAGCCCCGCCAACAGCUCCAACAGCUCCAACAGCCCCUCCCCACGACACCAGAGCCCCUCCCCCAAGCAGUGUAGCCCCGCCCCACAUCAGCAGAGCAGCAUCCCACAUCAGCAGAGCCCCUCCUCCAAAAAGUCAAGCCCCACCUCCUCUACAACCGCACUCAGUCCAGACCUGCAGGCCAAACUGGAGGAGCUCCUGCUGAAGUAUCCCAAUGGACUGUGGGCCCACGCGCUGCCCAAGCUCUUCCAGGACACAUAUAAAGCAAAACUUCCUGGACAUGUGCUGGACAACCUCCACCUGCUCUCCCACAUCUGCACCAUAGACUACCCCAUGUCAGACAACCCCAAGAGGGCCAUCCUGUACAGACGCAGCAGCAGUAACGGGGCAAACGCAGGGCCCCAGGAGGAGGAGGAGAAGGUGAAGGAGGUGAAGGAGGUGAAGGAAGUGAAGGAAGUGAAGGAAGUGAAGGAAGUGAAGGAGGUGAAGGAGGAGAAGGAGAUAGAGACCAGGCUACACGUGCCCCUGCUCCAGCCCCCCUCAGAGGAGUACCCCUCAGUGCUGGUGGUGGAAGCCACUGAGACCAACGCUGUCAUACUCAGGUACAUCGGGGAGGGCUACUCACAGGCCCAGGAGGUGAUGGAGGAUGAGAUGAAGAUGUUCUACAGCACAAGCCAAAGCAAUGCUAUAUCUCCAGCUUCUGCUCCACAGCUAGGCCAGCUGGUGGCUGUGAGGGCUGAGGAGGAGGAGGAGGUCCUCAGGGCGCAGGUCUGCGAGCUAAUGCCUGAUAAGGUCAAGGUGUAUUAUGUGGAUCACGGCUUUACAGAAGUCAUCAGUAAAAGCAAAGUUUUUGACCUAAACGACAAGUUUUUCAAGUUGCCAUUCCAAGCCACUAAGUGCAGACUGGCAGGUCUGGAGCAGUUCUGUAAGGAUUCUGCCGUGCUGAAGACUCUGGAGACCAUGGCCAGUGGGAAGAUACUGCUGGUGGAGAUCUUGGAGCGAGGAGAACGCCCUUUGGUGGUGCUGUACGACACGUCUCAGGAUGAUGACGUCAACAUAAACUCGGCCUGUUUGCGAGCGCUUCAGGACUGUAGUCUGGCCAGCCCCCUACAGGUGAACAGUGUGUACAUGGGCGUAACAGUGAGCAGUGUGUGUUCUGAUGGGACCCUGUACUGUCAGCUGCCCUCCAGAGGCCUCCACAAGCUCCGGGGCAUCCUGGACACUAUUGAAACCUACUUCCAAUCACAGGUGAGCUCUGAGCACCUGGUGUCUCUGCCCUUCUGUGGGAAAGCCUGUCUGGCCCGAUACAAAGGCAAGUGGGCCCGAGUGGAGAUCACAAACCUGCACGGCUCCCGGGUGUUGGACCUUCAGUUUGUAGAUGUGGGGGUGCAGGCUUCAGUGGAGGUGUUUGAGCUCAGAGAGAUCCCUCAGGCUUUCCUCCACGACCUGCUCUCCAUCCCCGCUCAGGCUGUGAAGUGCUGUCUGGCCGAUAUCGUGGUCAGUCUGGGCUCCUGGACUCCCGAGGUCGUGCAGUGGCUCCGAGAGAGAGUGCUGCACCUCACUGACUGUAGCAUCAAGGUGGCCAAAGUGGAUGAAACCAAGGCCUGUGUCCAUAUCCACCUGUUCACCGACAAGAACUUCCACGAUGCAACACGCAGCCUCAACCACCAGAUGGUGCACUCCCAACUCUUCAGACAGCAGCCAGAUGUGAUCCUGACCAGUCAUAGCUCAAACAAGAUGUCCACCCCCUCGCCAAAGACCCCCAGCCCCCCGGAAUCCACCAACGGUACUACUGCAGCCCCGUCCGCUCCAGAGAAGGCCCGGCUCAGAAAGUCUGCUCCCAAAGACACACCCUCCCCUCCUGAUACAGCUGACUGUCCGCUGCCCCCGCUGGUAGAACUGCCCCCGCUGGUUGAGCUGCCCCCUACAGGACAGAACCUGGACGUGUACGUGUCUGUGGCCUGUCACCCUGGACACUUUGUGCUGCAGCCCUGGAGAGACAUGUACAAGCUGGUGGUGCUCAUGGGAGAGAUGAUCCUCUACUACAACAGGACCGAAAACCAGAUCGAGAACCAGACCGAGAACCAGCCCCAACCUGAACCCCAGCAGCUCAGAGUGCACAAGGGACACGUGUAUGCCGCCAAAGUGGACAACAACUGGUACCGUGUGCUGGUGAAGGGCGUGCUAACCACUGGCCUGGUGUCCGUUUAUGAGCUGGACUAUGGUAGACAUGAGCUGGUCAGCAGCACACAGCUUCGGCCUCUUGUGCGGGACUUCAGACGUCUGCCCUUUCAAGCCCUCACCGCACAGCUGGCAGGGGUGAAGCAGAAGCAGUGGUCUGAGGAGGCGUCCAUGGUGUUCAGGAACCACGUGGAGAAGAAGGCUCUGGUGGCUCAACUGGAGGCUGUGCAGGAGGCCUCAGAGCCCUGGGAGCGCAGGCUCACAGUGUACCUGGUGGACACGUCUCAGGAGGACAGGGACGUGUGGGUGCACGACAUCAUGGCCGACUUCACUGAUGAGAUCAGCAGUGAAAUGUAGGAGAUGGACUUCUGAACUCUUAGACAGAGGUAGCAAAGCAGUUAUUCAAGUAAGAGUAAUGUUACUUCAGAAUAAUAGUAGGAACAAGUAUUGGUCAUAGAAAUACCAAAGAGUGAAAAUAUACACAACCACUCAAAAGUUUGGACACACUUUUCCAUGUAUAUUUCCUCUUUAUUUCCAUGAUUAUUUACAUUGUAUAUUCUCAAUGAUGACAUCAAAACUAUGAAUGACACAUGUGAAAUGUAGCAAACAAAAAUACGCUCAGAAUUACUCAGCUUGUUUUAAUUUUUUUAAACAUAGUCUUUACCUUUUGCUUUGAAGCCUGCUUUGCAUUUUUGGCAUUUCUUGACUGACGUGGCACAUCUGUGAAGUGAAACCAUUUCAGGAGACUUCAUCAUGAAGCUCAAUGAGAGAAGUUUUCAAUGAGAAGUUGAGAGUUCUUAUAUAAUUCCAUAUAUCUUACAUCAUAUAUUUGAUGUCUUCUUUGUAUAAAAUGUAAAAAGUCAUAAACAUAAAGAAAAAAAGAGCAUGUGUCCAAACUUUGACUGGUAGUGUAUUUGGGGACACAACUACUCAAGUAAAAGUAACUGUCUGGAUGUAAUGUCUGAUUUAUAAUUUGAAGAUGUGGUUAGCUCCCACCUCACAGCAAGAAGGUUCCCGGUUUGAUUCCCAGGUCGCCAGGCUCUUUCUGUGUGGAGUUUGCAUCUUCUUCCUGUGUUUGGGUGGGUUUCCUUCAGGCUCUCCACAAUAGGUCAAAUCCUCCAGCUAAGGUGGUCCUGACCAAGACUAGCUCAAGACACUAGCCCCCACAAGGAGGGGGUCAAGAAAGUGUACCUUAACCUUAAAUAGAUGAACAAAACAUUUAAACAUCUGAUGUAACUAAAUCAUAUCUGAAAGAGCGGUGCAAGAAACACUGUAAUAAUAUAUGUUAAAUUGUUAAUGCUGUUGCUAAGCCUGGAAUGUUCCACAGUACGCUUUAAUUCCCAUCUUGCAUUUAUUCAAUUACAGGUGGUUUAUAGUUCAAAAAUACAUUGAAAACAUACAUUCUUACUGUGAGUGCAGUCACCUCUCCACAGAUCUGGCCUGUAACUUGGUCUGGUGGUGAGACCUGCUUGUCUCCAUGGAGAUAGAGAAGUUUAUGAGUGUAAUGCCAUCAGUGUUGGGAAGGUUACUUUUAAAAAGUAUUCCCCUACAGAUUACAGAUUACAUACCCCAAAAUCUAGUUUGUAAUGUAAUCCAUUAAAUUACUUAAAGUGAGUAACGUAAUCUGAAUACUUUGGAUUACUUGAUAUUGUCAUGCUUUUUAAAACUACAUACAUUUAAUACCCACAUCCUGAAAAUUCUUAGUUUUCUUUGUCCUCUUCAAAUUGGCCCUGGUUUAGUCCCUGUUUAGUCCUGGGUUAGACUUGGUUUAGUCCUGGUUUAGUCCUGGUUUAAUCCUGGUUUAGUCCUGGGUUAGACCUGGUUUAGACCUGGUUUAGACCUGGUUUAGUCCUGGUUUAGCCCAAAAUGUGAAAACAGGAAAAUACCACCCUGUAAUCCAUUUAUUUCAACAAAGUAACUGUAAUCCAAUUACCACUCACUAAAACAGUAACUGUAACUGAAUACAGUUACUCAUAAUUUGUACUCUGAUUAUGUAACUCCGAUACAUGUAAUCUGUUACUCCCCAACACUGAAUACCAUACUGUGUUUGCCUGGAAACCAUCCAACACACACUUCUUCAAUACUUCAUGUAUGUGAAUGUGGUCACAGUGAACAUUGGUGACAGGUGGAUUAGCCAAUCAGAGACACACAUGGUCUUUUACCUUUAUCACAUCAAACAUGGCUGCUUGUGAGGAAAAAUUAAAGGGAAAAAAUAUCACAGGAGACUGAAAAACAUGGUGAAUUUCUGCAGAAUCAAAGAGUCUAAACUCUGUUAGUCUGAGGUGAGAGAAGUACAUUUUCGGUGAUCAAUGAGCUGCUGUCUUUCACAUGCGUCACUGAGGAAAACAAAUCUGAUUGGACGAACAUAUUUAAAAAAUACUGAGAGUGUCAUUGUGGAUUUGCUAGUCAAAUACUGUGGAACAUUCUAGGCAACAACAUCUCCAUGGAGACAAGCAAAUGUUUGCAUUAAAAACCAACAACAAAGUAUAUGUACACAGACAGCCAAACAUGUUUAAAAAGACUGUUCAAAGUGAACUUUUUUCCCACUCAAAAAUACUUAAUAAUUGAGACUAUUAUUUGCUUCAUAUUCUCAAUGAAAACGUGCAGGUCGGGCGAGUGAAGGACUACAUAAGUGCAUUUGACAUGUUUCUAUGAGCGCCUAAUAUUUAGGAUGGUUUUAUACACGGGAGCUUUUUCCAAUACUUUGUUAUGAUUUAAUUGGGAGAAUGUUGUGCUGUGAAUCUUGACUGCAGAUGAAAUAAGCUUUAAAAUAAACUGAAAAGCCCUGUACCUGAUUUUUACUGCCUUAAAAAAUGUGAAAAAAGAGCUAGUUCAUUUAAACAGUUUACAGUGGUCCAAAGUUAUUCAAAGCAUCCUAAUUACUGACAGUGAUAAGCGCUUUUCACACAGACUGUAAAGCGAACAACAACUAACAUGCUAAUGUGCACUUGCUGAUUAACAGACAAUUAAACGCUUUAUUAUUAGAUAGAGACGGUAUACAGCAGACUUAUUUUGACCUCAAGAGGUGCUUAUACAAUAUAUUAUAUGUGUACAGGGGCAAGACACAUUUUGCUCAAGUUGAUGGGAAAAAUCCGGUACAGGGACUUUAAUAUGAUAAAAUAUACAAAUAUGUUCAAACAUUCUCAGAUCUGUGUGUGCAUGCAGUGUGACCAAUGUGGGAUAAGUGAAUCUCAGCUCUAAUAAACCACUACACAUGAGUUUACAAGCCUGGCUUCACAUGCUGCCCUGUGAUUGGCUCCUGCUGUUCAGAAGAUAGUAUUUAUUACAGAUUGAGCUAACCAACUAACUUUAUUCUAUUUUAUUUAACUUGAGGUAUUAUGUUCUUUUUAAAUAAACGCUAUUGAAACCAUUA